AUGUCACUCACAGCCAAUGAACUAAAUUAUUUAAUAUGGAGGUACCUCCAAGAAGGUGGACUUGAUUUGAGUGCGUAUGCUCUCCAGGAUGAAACAAAAGUCGACCGGUAUGAAAAAAGACUCGGCUCAAAGGUGCCGCUUGGAUGUCUUGUGGAUUUGGUUCAGAAAGGUAUAUUAUACGACAAGGUGAAUGAACUUGUGACAAAGGAGGGCAAUGCGGUGCCUGAGGAUGUGGUAAGUUUGGAUUUUAAUCUUUUCGGUGCGUUAAAGGAAGAGGCAAACAAAGAAGAUUUAAAAAGCAGACGCUUGUCCAAAGAUACUGAUGGAAAGUCUGCAGAUGGCAAGAGAAAAGAUGGAAAGUCUAUAGUAAAGGAUGAAGAAAAGGAGCACGAUGGAGUGGUAGACAAAUUACAUGAAAUCGAACAAAUAUAUCCGUUCACAAGCAGCCUAACUUGCUGUUGGAGUCCAAGUCGUGUUGAUUACCUCAUUUGGGGUGGAGUGGAGCAAUCCGCACAGAUAUGUGAUUUGAAAAUGGAUAAUCACGGAAAACUUGAUCCAAUCUUAAAGAAUUUGCCCCACCCAAUGAUGAGUAAGCGUAUUGUCAUAAUUUCCUGGAGUCCUGACGGAAAAUCGAUAGUAACAGGAUCGGAAAACGGAGAAUUGCGUAUGUGGGAUAUAUCCGGGUCAAUUAAGUUCAUCAUGGCACUUCAUCACUCACCAGUUUUAAUUGCUCGAUGGUCACCGAGCGGUUCUCAUUUACUCACCAUGGAUGUCACAAAUAGAACAAUUGUCUGGGAUUCGUCUUCUGGAAGGCCUGUUCAAAGUAUAGAUUUAGAUUCCAAGCCAGAAAAGACAGUUGGCACGGAUGCAUGUUGGAUCGAUGAUUAUAAAUUUGUUAUUCCCGGAGCGGAUUACAAGCUCUGUGUAUAUCAGUUGGGAGAAAUGGGCUCUGAGGUUCCGAUUGGUGUGCUUAGUGGUCAUACUGGACCAAUAUCAUUUGUUAACUACAAUUCAGAGUUGAAAUUACUCUGUUCGGCAUCCGAGGAUUGUUCCAUACGUAUAUGGAGGGGGGAUUCAACAAAUUCAUUACAAAUUCUUAUAGGCCACUCAGAGCCAAUAACGUACUUGCAUUGGUUGCACAUUAAAGAUCCAUCACAGGAGAAGCAUUGGUAUUUGGUUAGUUGUUCGUUGGACUCAUCUUUGAGACUAUGGGACUUCGUAGAUGGCAAAAUUGUUGAUCUAAAGAUGGUGGGUGAUGGUCGACCAAUUAUAUCGGCAAGUCUCUCACAUGAUGAAAGUCGAUUGGUUACAGGCGAUUCUCAAGGAAGAAUAUUAUUAUGGAAGUUGUCCGAAAUGCUCAAGUAUAAAAAAGCAGCACAGUUGGAUAUGAAACUGGACCCUGCAAAUAGUAUGAUAUCAACGAUAUCUUGGAGUAAGGAUGAUUCUAUGAUCGCAGUUGGUUGUACUGGUUCAAAAAGUGCUGUUCUUCGUUUGUGA